AUGAUCUCUCGGUUCCUCGAAAACAGAAAAGAAGCGGCAAAGACGAAAAAGGAGAAUGCAAAUGAAGUUCACCCUUGUGAAAAAUUGACGUGUACAGAAGCCUCAGACAUUCAUUAUCUUUACGUACUUUGUACCUGGAUUCUGUUUAUGCAAGUUAGUCAACUAGUGAACAUUUAAGCCAUAUUGUAAAAAUACUGGUUCGACCGAGAGUGGUGGGUUCAAAACUCGACCUCAAAAAGUGUUAAUUUUUUCAAAAGGGAAGUACGUUCCUUAAAAUAUAUUGUAUCUGCUAGAGAGGCCCAUUAUCACCCAGAAAAGGUGCCUAAUGUUCAAGAAUGUCCAACUCCAAUGUUGUCUACUGAAUUGCAUAGUCUCCUUGGAUAAACUUCGUAUAGUAGAUGUUUUGUGCAAAGUUUCUCAUCUUCCGCAACACCACUAUUUAACACACCUUAGAAGAAAGAGUUCAUAUGGAUGAAUGGCACGGACGCCUCUUUCCGGAAACUAAAAGAAUGUCUCUGUUCACCCCCCAAUUCCGGUGUGUCUGGACAUCUUUGUUUCAGAUGGGGAUUCUAGUAAUAACACCAUAGGGGCGGUUUUGCCAUAAAAAGAUAGGAAUAGUGUUGAAAGGGUUGUAGUUUAUGCCACCUGCGUCCCAAAUAAGAGUGAAAAGAAUUACUAUACAACUAGGGAGAUGUUGGCCCUUAUAAACUUUAUUGAUUAUUUUCGAACAUAAUUACUUGGUUGACAAUUCCUGGCACGGACACGCACAAGUCCCUUAGCUAGCUACAAACUUUCGGAGAUGCGGAAGGUCAGAUCGCAAGAUGGUAGGAAUACUUACAGGAAGUCGGGUUUGAAUAUCAGCAUAGACAGAGGAAAUAACACGCCAAUACCGAUACGAUCCCCCGUAAGCCAGUUAGGUACCCGGAGACUGUCUACCUUUAAGUAAAGUUUAAAUCUCUCCUUCGGUAGGAAGCCCAUAACACAUAUACUUGGCCUAAGCUGCAGGCAUCUGACCCGGAACUUGCACUUUCGAACUAGUACGGACAGGAGGCGAACGACCUACUUCAGCAGAAGUCGUGAAAUGCGGUCGGGAAACGGUGUUUAUGGUCCCUGUUGGAGAGCCUGAAAGCCGUUGAUAAUUUCCACUACUAUCACUAUGGACCUACACAUAUCUACCGUAUAGCAGUGCCUCAUUCUACCGUCUUGUUGUCGUUGUAUCAACAGCUGGGACAUGCAAACGCGGACAAGAUGAUUGAGAUGGCGCGCAGGCGUUAUUGGUGGUCGCACUAUAAUAUAGAUGUAGUAAAUGUCUGCGACACAUGCCAAGCUACGAAACUGUCACACUGUGAUGACCGGCCACCUCUUGAACCCAUCAUGACUGGAUGUCCAGACGAUGUGGUUGAAACAGAUUUCACCUGACUACCCGUCGUUAGAACUCAUGGUAACAACUAUAUAUUGGUCAUGGUGGACAAUUUCACUAAGUAGUGCGAGGCGGUCGCCCUCCCUUAUAUAGACGCUGCAACUAAUGGUAACUGGUAAACUAUGCAGAGUGAUGGGAAUCGAAAAACCCGUGCGACAGCAUAUUACCCAAAAAGAGAUGGGUUAGUUAAGCGGAUUAGUUGGACUCUUAAAACACUCCUUUGAGCAUUUGUAGGUCAACAAAACCCCCAGGAGUGGGAUCGUGCCUUAUCUCACUGCCUGAUGCUGAGUCAAGUCAAUCUUUACAAAUCUACGCGACAAUCUCCCUUCUUCGUGGUAAAUUGACGAGGGCUUCGCCCGUCAACAAACCUCAGGGAUAACACCUUAACAGACGGUCAGCUGUUGCUGUGCAAACACGUCAUUUGACUACGAAGAAACUUAAACAAAGCCCAUCAACAGAUGAGAGAUAUACUGCGUACAUAACAACGAUACCAGAAGAAUAACUAUGACAAGAAAGCACUUGAGACCCCGGCGCAAUCAGUGGAUAAGUUCUUGCUAUUGAAGGAAACACUACCACACGGACUAGCUCCUUAAGUUUCACAGAAUGGGGACAGGACCGCUCAUCGUACUGGAAUUACUACAUGCAGGAUUCAGGACAGCUCACCCGACCAAAGUCUAGUCACGCACUAUAAUAACUAAAGCCCUAUCGAUAUCCUGCGUCAAAUAGACCCGGAGGUCCAAAGGCUGGAACUAGCACUGAGGAUGGGGUGCAUUGUAGGGUAGUGCAGCGGAAAACACAGCACUUAUCUCAAAAUUUGAAAUAAUUGCCUUCCUUCUUUCAGGUCAAAGUUGAGAGGUCUGCGAAUUAGCUGUUAAGACAGUGGAGUCCGUCAACCAAUCAGGAGCUGUUGUAACACCCUAAUACGACUAGUUAAAAAUAAAGAAAUUCUUGCCUUUAGUGAUGGUUCUUACUAGCACGAGCACUCGUGUGGUCGAUUGCUAACAUGCGCUUCUCUCUCUGUUUGAGACUGGCCACCCUGGCAGCCGCUGAAAUAACCAAUGAGGUUUCGGUAUUCCGGCUAGAUAGGAAGGCCUAAUCGGUUAUUUCAAUAGUUGCUAGGGUGGCCUUUAAAGUGACCCGCAACUGCCAAGUGUAUGUAAGCAGCAUGCUUUUAUGUAAACUUAGUGUGGCGCGGCUGAUGAUAGUGGUCAAUAUUUCGUUCAAAUAGUCUGUGAGACAAGUAUUUUUAGCUGUAAUUUCAUGUAAUCUUUUCAUUUACUGUGCUAUGCAGCAUGUCGAGUUGUCUGACUGCGUUACAUUGGGCACAUCAUUGCUAACCUGCUAUUUGUCAGCUGAUUUGUAGUAGUUGUUUGCGGCCGCCUACCGUUUGUUAGUGGUCGUUUAUUACUAAGUGCAAGUACAUCUUAUGUACUUGCUGAAUCGUCGACUUACGUUUUUCUCUUCCUCUUUUCCCUUCCAGGUUCGCACCACUGAACUCAUACCCCUCUGCUCUGCAACUACGUACCACCUAUCUACAGGCUGCAGGGAAUCGUAUCAACAACUGAUCGUCACAUGAACUGGUCGUUUUUUCGAGGUAAUAACAAAACAAAGGAAAGGUGUCAAAUUAAAGGGCAUGGACUUUUGAAUGCACAAAAAUACAUAUUCUUCGGAUACCUAUCUCCGAUUGUACGUACUUCUACUGGCUGAAUGAACCACCACCACUAAACAGCAAAUGCUAAUUCAGUGCGAACCGACUGCUUCACAUUAUUACGUUUGAUGCUGUUGUUAUGAACAUCAUUCAGAUGUUAUAUUCCUUCUGUUUUGGGAGUAAAUUGUUUUGUUUACUACAUGUGUGAUAUGCACAUACUAUAUCAAACGUAUAGUUUAAAAUAAGGCUAUCACGGUUAUUGUUAUUAUGUAGGUAAGUUAGCAAAUCAGACAUAGUGGCUUUUUUCAGUUGUGCAAGUAAGCUGGGACAAAAAUAGGGUGGGAAAAUUCAGUUCGACUUUGAAAAGUACAUCUGCACUAGUCUUCGGACAAAUCAUACAAUCCCUACAAAUUUAAUCAAUACCCAACCGCAUGUUGGGUAUACUAGCGAUGCAGCAGGCGAGGGAGUAGAUAUACUUCACGUGAGCCUACCAAAGACCUGGAACCGUUCCGCAAGACCUAAAAGCGAGCACGGAGAAAUCAACCGGUUGAUGUCAGCAUGUAAGAAGAUGUUGGAUAUCGAAAUCACCUCUAUCUACUUUUCAAAUUGCCGAAGAAAAUUCGAGGGCUAAACCUUCAUUACUAAAUUUGUGAAUAGUCUCAGAGUGAAUAAAGUGUUCACAUUCUCUGUCUUAAAGUUUAACUAGCACUAAAUGAUUUUCUUGUAGUUGCUUCUAACUUACCAUGUGACUGCAGUGUCAUCUAUGUAUAUUUUAAUGUAUUAGCUUUCGGUCCUAAAUUACUUUAGGAUUUCUGAAAGGCUCUGAAUGGACUGUGCUCAACACAUUUCCUUGUUCAUAUCCAAUAGCAGUACAUUAGGUUUCAUGUGCGAUGACAUUCUUCGACUAAACGGGAAAACAUGCUCUGCUCCUCAGAAAAGAAGCAGGUCUAAUAACUGUUAGAAACCUAACACACUGUACUUUUUGGAAACAUCAUUACUGACACCUCUGAAAUAAUGGGUUUACGCUACUGCUGAUUCUCUCACACAUGUGAUUUCUACCAAAUACCUAGUAAGUAUCUGCCUACCCUUUCUCAGUUUUCAUCAAUCAUUAAUUUCAGUGUUUCUCUUAUAAUUGAGAUAUUAAGUGCCUUAAGACUGAUACAUAUUUCAGACGCCGAUACAGUCCAGAUUGACGACACUAGAACUAGUUUUUUAAUUCUCUAAAUGUCUACUUUAUCCAUCAGAAAUAUAUACUAUCCUAAAGCUUGAAAGGUUGCCUCCAUGUUCUCUUAUAAAAUAAGUCGAAUUCAAAAUAUGCUCAGGACUACGAAAUCCAUGCAACAUGAUGUAAGAUAACCAAACCACAGAAGGCAAAUUUUAUAAUCUGAACAUUUAUGUGUAUUAUAUAAACAAAGAAUUUGGACUGUGAAAAAUUUACCAAUGCACCCAUCACGCAUCAAACGUCAAUCUAAUGUUUAUACUGUCAGGUGAUCGCUUGUGUGUAGCUGUACUUUUAUCGAUAGCUUAUGACGUAAACAUGUGUGUAUAGACGCAUACGAAUUUAAUUUGACGAGGAUGGAAUUCUCCUGAAUGCUUAAGUAUAUUCACUGACAAAAGUGAACAAUAUACAUGACAACAAUGAAAAGAAUAGAAGUCAAACGACACUACUUAAAAUAUUGUAGUUAGUUAUGUUAAUCAGUAUACCGUAAAAGUAAACAAAGUUGGUUUCUGUAAAAAUCUGAAAUAUUUGCAGAGAUCUUUAAGUAAGCUAAUGGAGAGUAGACAAUCAAUUAAAUCCCUGAUUUAGUUGAUUGUUGUCCUAUUUCUGUUUUCCUACAUUCACUAAAUUUAUUUAUUUGUAUCAUAGAGCAAUAUAACAGAGUCAGGAUUAACGAGUGUCAUUAGCAUUAUCACAGAUGACCUACGCCAAUAAUGUUCGUCUACUGCAUGUGUUUUUCUAUGGACUGUUAUCAUUCAGGUUCAUAAUGUUUACCACACGAUUCCUCACUUGCAGGAGUAUAAUUCCAAUUACUGAUCGGUAAUCAUUUCUUCUCUAGCAGUAAGAAAUUCAUACUUUUAAAAUGUCCCCCAACUAUUCCAGAUUUAGAAGCGUUGAAGGACGAUUAUGUGAGCGUACAUGUUAUGUGUUUCAAAAAUACAGUAGGAGAUGAUAGAUCCACGUCUUCAAUUCUUCUAAGCUAUCAGGAUUCAAUCUUCAGUGUUAUUGUGAAAUUUCCAGCCAAACCAUUUUACUGAGGAUGGUAUAAAGAUAUGAAUAAAUAAGUGAUCAGUACCCUUUAACUAAUCAGCCACUAGCAUACUAGUUAUUACUUUGUGGCUGCAAAGCUGUCUUUUCUUGGUAUUUAAACUGUUCAUUAGCAAUUACUUCAUGUAUUACUUGCAGCCAUCUUGAGUGAGUGUCAAAAAUAACAAAACAUAGUAUAAAGUUGAGCAAAGACCACAACAGUCCAUGUAAACGAACUUCCAAGUUUCCUGGGAUCCAGGUCUCAGGUUUUGUGAUGACUUUUCUUACAAUGUUUGAGACAAACGUUUAAAACACUUCUUUUAUUUUGCACUAACAUGAUCAUCAUCUUCUAGCAGUAGAUAUGUUUAAUAUGUCUGUGAUUUCAGUUUUUUCUGCAAUUAGGUGUUCAAGAUUAAGAUCAUCUAGUACAGCGGGCCUUAACGUUGGAGAAAUUAUAAUCUUUUCAUUCAGAAAUGAAAUCCUUCAGAAUAUCAUGCUGUUUGCUGUGCUCGACUUUACUCAAAAAUCUUAGCGAAUAUUUUACAAAACAAUAUUACACUUCUGUUAAAACCGAUUGUUUAUUUCUAUUGGAUACUGACUGAUAUAAUCAAGAACAACUCAAUCAAUUUCAUGCUGUUAAUCUUCUGCUUUCCUUGUUGCUAUAUGUCAUGUGAUGUCCAUGAAUCAAGAUAAUUCAACAAAAUAGUAUAUGCCAUCCGGGUCAAGUUGAGAUCCUAUCCAACUAUGUAUUUACUACCAGUUUAUAAUUAAUUAGGAGCAUUAACAGUUUUGCCUAAAAGAUUAAAUGCGCUACUCUUCCAGUUUAGGGAUUUUCGCCUGAAAAUGAAGCGAUCACGUAGUUAGCAUGGAACUAGUCGUUGAAAUCAUAUCCUGACUCCUGUGUCUGAAGCUGAAAAGUAGAAUUAUGGAUUUCCAACCACAGAUAGAGACAAACUUCUGAUUUUGAGGUGUUGCAUCACGUAGAAAUAACCAGGAAGAAAUCCUUCAAAUUUAUCAUCUGAAAGAGAAAGUAGUUUCCCAAAAAAAGUAAACUUUAUGCUUUAUCUCCUGUACGAAAUGAGGAGAUAUUUUGUCGUUCUUCAUAUUUUUCGAUAGAUACGAUUACCAUUCGACAUAAUCUUUAAGCUCCCACGUUGAGGUGGUGGAACGCAAAAUUCUAUGAUUGCUUUAAUCGUUUUACUUUGUCAAAAUGCAAUAAUGAAGUGUAUUGCGAUUCAGGAUCACGGCGUCAGAACAAGCUGAGCUUGACAGCCGAAAUCAUAAAAUCCAGGGUUUUAUGACCAGCCUAAGCCAUCUCAUUGAGUUAUAUUAAUUAUUCCCUAACUACUGGAGACUUUCCUUUUAAUUUCAGUUUAUCAGUCAACAUCCGCAGCGUUUUAUUGACUCUCAAGCAACAAUUUUCUUUCUAUUGAGUUUUUCAGUUAACUAAUCUGGGAUCAUGAAGGUUGGUCAGCUGUGUUAUUUCUGUACUUUGACAUGAAUAAAUAUAUCUUAUCAAUCUUUAAAUUGAAAGUAAUGUUUCUUUAUGUCAUAAUUCUGUUUUAUACAUUUUUCCUAAAAUCUGAUAACGCAGAGUUUAUUUAUCCCUACACCCAGUUUCCUACGAAUACACUUUUGUAAUUUAUGUUGGUGAUUUCGGAGAAAUAUAUGAAACUUAUCUCUUUCCGAGUGUGUGAUCACUUUACUCAACGUGGGUUCUUUUCCAAAUUCAUCGUUGACAUAUCCCUCGACUCUUAAAAUCCCGUUGCAGAGACCAAAUUUAUAGUAAACUGGAUCCAGCACCAUUGUUUUCAAGUGGUCCCGUUCUUGACUGUAUUUAACGUUCGUUAACUUUCCUACUAAAUUCCUAUUUUUAAAGAAUUUUUGUUGCUUUGAAUUUUAAAUUUGUGAGAACAUGUAUUAGCAACUUCAUUUUUCAUAUUAAUUGUUUUUGGGUCCACUAUGCAUCACAGAAGCUCUUGAUACUUUUUAAUCCCCUUUUGCUUAUGACUUUUACACUGUUGAUAUCCAUUACUACUUACUAUGAAGGUCUCAAUCUUUUCUUAGUAAUUAAUGUCAUCACUCCAAGUUUCGUAACACUUCUUCCUCCCUCAGAAACACAUACAGUGAUGUCAUUCAUGGCGUU